CAGGGCCUUAAAGAGCCCCACACUAGUUUCAUUGCUCUCCCUGCUUUCUCCAACUGCGUACGGGGUAGUCGUUCGAUGGGAUGGGUCAAGUCUUAGCCAUUGGCGCCGUUGGACUUGCUGGCUACGCUCUACUUCGCCUUGCUUGGCACAUCUGGAAAAGGCUCAGGUUCAUCCGUACACAUCGUGUUCGUGACAACCCGAGGCUGCGUGCCGUGGCUGAAACCCAGAGCGGCAAGGAGUACGUGUUGGAAAUGGCCCAACUCGCAACGCGGGAUGCGAGCAAAGCAACUCGGGCUGCUGAACAGGCCCAACAGCAAUCAGAAGCAGCGUGGCAGGACGAGAGGAGAGCUCGCCUCCAUGAAGAUGAACUCAUUCGCAAGGCCGAGGCGGCGAGAAGAAAGGAGCAGAAUAUCCAAGCAGAAUGCAACACAUCGCAAGUGCACGAGUUAUCACGAAGUAGUAAACGGUCUAGGGCCAAACGUUUGGAAAAAGCCCAGAAAGAAACACGGCGGGCUGAAGAGAAGGUUAGAGACGCUCAGCAAGCUUCCAAGGAGAUCGCCGAAAAGGCAAGGGCUGCACAAGCGGCAGCGGAGAAAGCCGCACGGGAAGCUGCAGAAACUGCCCGUGCUGCCAAGGAGGCGCAGGAAGAGGCGGAGGAGCGCCUUAAGAGGGGUAUACAGCCGGUCGUCAUACCCACAUUGGACGAAAUAACCGCAGCGAAAACAAAGGUGCAAUAUGAGCAGGGUCGCUUUCAUUUCGCUGUGGCAGGUGUCGCCGGUAGUGGCAAGUCAUCGUUGAUCAACGCCAUCCGUGGUCUGGAGAGUCGGCACCAGGACGCUGCGAAAACUGGAGUCGUCGAAACCACUGUUACAAUAGGUCGAUAUCCAGACCCGAACACUGACUUUCCGUUCGUGUGGUACGAUGUUCCCGGGGCAGGGACUCUGCAUCAGCCAGACUGGCUGUACUUCAACGCCCAGGGUCUCUUCGUGUUUGACUGUGUCGUCGUCCUCUUCGACAAUCGCUUCACACAGACGGAUAUCGCAAUCUUGACGAACUGCAGGAGAUUCCAGAUCCCGACGUACAUCGUUCGCUCGAAGGCGGACAUACACAUUCGCAACAUCAUGUAUGAAAACGGGUACGACAGUGAUUUUGAUGAGAUGCCGGGGCGCGAGUCGCAGUACAGUACCGCUCGCCAAAAGUUCAUUGCAGAUACACGGGAAAAUGUCAAACGGAACCUCAAGGAAGCCGAACUACCUGACCAACGGGUCUACAUGAUCUCCAAUAGGACGCUGCUGUCCAUCGUCAAGGAUCGUUCACUUCAGUUCUCUUACAGAAUUAUCGACGAGUUGGAUUUGAUUAAGGACAUCCUGGACGAGGCUUGUUCUCCUCGUUUCUCUCGCACAAACAAUGAUGACUGCUCAGAUUAGAUGGCCUAUGGGCCUGUUAUUUCGAGACUUGUUUGAUACUCGCGCAUGUGCACUGCCAGAUUAUGUUCAUGUUAUAGGUAACGCAGGUGA